GUAUGUGUGUCUGUGAGAGGAGCCGAGUGUUGUUUACAGCGUUGAUUCCACGGAGGAGAGAGCGACAGCAUUGAAGGCUGGAUUGUAGUGUGGCCACGGAGUAACGCUUCGGAGACCGAAAAAGGCAAAAACAGAUCUGUAUUCACCUUGCUGGCUUUAACGAAUGUGUUUGAUGUUCGUGUAAAAUCCAUCGGAUAUCUGUAAGCUCAAAAUCGUCAUUCCUGCGUGGCAAAACGGACACCGUUUUCAACUGCAACGCAGACCGACUGUGAGCGAGAGAGAAGACAGACAGAGAGAGGGAGGGAGAGGGAAAACAGGGGGUGCAGCUGGUGAAACCAUUUUUGUCCCGGCGGAUAUUUUGGAUCGAGGACCGUUGAAGAGGUUCAUUGGACGAAGAAGUAGCAUUUUCAUUCAUUUAUUAAAACCAGCCUUACUAUAGAAACCCCGGACCUGGCUUCUAAUUGUCUUCCACGUCCAAAAAAUCAAAACUGGUUUUAAGGAAAAUUGCGGAUGCAUGCAUUUGGGUCUGUUUUUCGGUCUGCUGCUGAAGAACGGUGGCUAGUUCGCUAGCUAUCAAGCUAGCUGAGUGUGCUUCUUCUCUGGUUUCUUAAGAAAUGGAGGCUGAAGAUGCGGAUUGCUAUCAGCCGAGUGAAAUCUGUGACUCGUGUGUUUUGAUAGCCACCCAAACAUCAUUUUAUCGCUGGCAAAAAUAACAAAACGUUUUAAAGUUUUUAUUUUUUAAAACAUACUCAGAUUUUCCUCCUCAAAGAGGGGAAAACAUACUGGGCAGAGCUCACCCAGUGCUCAAGGCUAAACGCAAGUCCGCAUUACAGAAAAUUUGGCUAGCAGGCACAUCUUGACCAGUCGAAGGAGUCGCCAGCUAGCUGUCCGGCUAUAGUAGCUAGCUAGCAGUCUAUCCAGCUAGCUAACGUUAGCCAUUUAGGUAUUUAUGCAUUUUUGGGUUUGUUAAAUCCACAGGGAAGUUUUUUUCCCCUGUUUAAUACGUUACGGCUUCAUUUUGGGGAGAAGACUACUGCAUUUAUUUGGAGAGGGAAUUCAUUUAACAGGAAUGAGGUCUGGAGGAGCAAAGGAUAAUUUGACCUUGUUUUGGGGUCUGCUGCUGUCAGUCUGUACGAUCUACUUGUGGCCCGCUAAUGGAGAAAUCUGCGGUCCGAGCAUCGACAUCCGGAAUGACAUCAGCGAGUUCAAGCGGCUGGAGAACUGCACGGUGGUGGAGGGCUACCUGCAGAUCCUGCUCAUCGGCGACAAGACCAGCAACCUCAACCAGGAGGUGUUCCGCACGCUCAGCUUCCCCAAGCUGACCAUGGUGACGGACUACCUGCUCCUGUUCCGCGUCUCGGGCCUGGACAGCCUCAGCACACUCUUCCCCAGCCUGUCCGUCAUCCGCGGGCGCACCCUCUUCUACAACUACGCCCUGGUGAUCUUCGAGAUGACCAGCCUGAAGGACAUCGGCCUCCACAGCCUGCGCAACAUCACGCGCGGCGCCAUCCGCAUCGAGAAGAACCCGGAGCUCUGCUACCUGGACUCGGUGGACUGGUCGCGCAUCAUGGACUCGGAGUCCAACAACUUCAUCGCCGGGAACAAGCAGUCCAAGGAGUGCGGGGACCUGUGCCCGGGCGUGAUGGAGGACAACCGCUCGUGCAUGAAGACCAGCUUCAACGACAACUACAGCUUCCGCUGCUGGAACUCCAACCACUGCCAGGAAGUGUGCCCGGAGCAUUGUGGGAAGCGUGCGUGCACGGAGGCGGGCGAGUGCUGCCACGCGCAGUGCCUGGGCGGCUGCGCGGAGCCCGGCAGCGACGCGGCGUGCGCCGCCUGCGUGCACUACUUCCACGAGGGCCGCUGCGUGACGGACUGCCCGCCGGGCACCUUCCGCUUCGAGGGCUGGCGCUGCAUCAGCGAGGACCUGUGCUCCCGCGUGCACCUGCCCAACGACUUCGACCGCUUCGUCAUCCACGGGGGCGAGUGCGUGCCCGACUGCCCCUCGGGCUUCACCCGGCAGGACAGCCACAGCAUGUUCUGCAGCGCCUGCGACGGACUCUGUGACAAGAUCUGCUACGGAAAGACCAUCGACUCGGUGGACGCCGCCCAGUCCCUGAAGGGCUGCACCGUCAUCAAGGGCAACCUCCAAAUCAACAUCCGCCGGGGCAACAACAUCGCCUCGGAGCUGGAGAGCUUCAUGGGCCUGAUCCAGACGGUGACGGGGUACGUCCGGAUCCGAUACUCCCACACCCUGGGCUCCCUGUCCUUCCUCAAGAGCCUGCGCCACAUCCACGGGGAGGAGCUGCUGGAGGGGUUGUACUCGUUCACGGCGUUGGACAACCAGAACCUGCAGUUCCUGUGGGACUGGACCCAGCACAACCUGACCAUCGACGCGGGGAAGCUCUUCUUCCGCUUCAACCCCAAGCUCUGCAUCUCCGAGAUCCGCACUAUGUGGGAGAAGACGGGAAUCACCGAGAAGUUCCCGGAGCAAGAAUUCCGCCACAACGGGGACCGAGCCAGCUGUGAGAGCCACACCCUGAAGUUCAAGUCCAACAGCACCAUGAGCAACAGGAUCAAGCUCACCUGGGAGCGCUAUCGGCCCCCAGACUACAGGGACCUCAUCAGCUUCAUCGUGUACUAUAAGGAAGCACCCUUCCAGAACAUCACGGAGUUCGACGGGCAGGACGGCUGCGGCUCCAACAGCUGGAACAUGGUGGACGUGGACCUGCCGCAGGACAAGAGCAUGGACCCCGGGGUCCUGCUGUCCCCGCUCAAGCCCUGGACCCAGUACGCCGUGUUUGUCAAGGCCAUCACCCUGGUGGUGGAGGACAAGCACAUCCUGGGAGCCAAGAGCGAAGUGGUCUACAUCCGCACCAAACCCUCAGAGCCCACCAUGCCCCAGGACGUCCGCGCGUACUCAAACUCCUCCUCCAAGCUGCUGGUCAAGUGGUCACGCCCCGUCUCCCCCAAUGGGAACCUCACCUACUACCUGGUGCGUUGGCAGCAGCAGCCCGAAGACCGGGACCUGUACCAGCACAACUACUGCUCUAAAGAGCUGAAGAUUCCCAUCCGGAUUUCGGCCACGGAGGUGGUGGACAUGGAGGAGGACACCAAGCCCACCAAGUCGGACCCCGGCGGGACGGACAAAGGCCCCUGCUGCCCCUGCCCCAAGUCCGCCGACGACCUGAAGGCCGAGGCGGAGGACGCCUCGUACCGGAAGGUGUUCGAGAACUUCCUGCACAACGCGAUCUUCACCCCAAGGCCCCCGGACCGCCGCCGCCGGGACGUCUUCGGGGCGGCCAACGGCACCCUGCUGCACGGCGCGGGGGUGAACGGCACCGAGCCGGACGGGAACGGGACGGACGGCGAGCCGGUGGAGCGGGAGUACCCGUUCUACGAGACCAUGGUGAGCGGGCGGGAGUGGACGGAGAUCUCGCACCUGCAGGCCUUCUCCGUGUACCGCAUCGACAUCCACGCCUGCAACCAGGAGGUCAAGCACUGCAGCGCCGCCGCCUUCCGCUUCUCCAGGACCAAACACGCAGACAAAGCGGACGACAUUCCGGGCGUGGUGACCUGGGAGCGGGUGGACGGGGCGGAGGGCUCGGUGUUCCUGAAGUGGCCCCAGCCCGUCAAUCCCAACGGCCUGAUCCUGAUGUACGAGAUCAAGUUCCACCUCAGCAACGAGCCGGAGAAGCACGAAUGCGUAUCCCGGCAACAGUACCGGGAACACGGAGGGGCCAAGCUGAGCAUCCUGGGGCACGGGAACUACUCCGUCCGGAUCCGGGCCACCUCGCUCGCCGGAAACGGGUCCUGGACCGAGUCGGCGUCCUUCUACGUCCCCCCGCCCAAACCAGCCAAUGACAGCUUCCUGUACCUGAUGAUCAGCAUUCCCGUCGUGGUGCUGCUCAUCAUCGCCAGCCUGGUGGCCGCGCUCAUAGUGGUCAACAAGAAGAGGAACAAUGACCGGCUGGGGAACGGGGUUCUGUACGCCUCAGUGAACCCGGAGUACUUCAGCGCUGCGGAGAUGUACGUGCCGGACGAGUGGGAGGUUCCGCGGGAGAAGAUCACGCUGUCUCGGGAGCUGGGCCAGGGCUCGUUCGGCAUGGUGUACGAGGGCAUCGCCAAGGGCGUGGUCAAGGACGAGCCGGAGACGCGCGUGGCCAUCAAGACGGUCAACGAGUCGGCCAGCAUGCGCGAGCGCAUCGAGUUCCUCAACGAGGCGUCCGUCAUGAAGGAGUUCAACUGCCACCACGUGGUGCGUCUGCUGGGCGUGGUUUCGCAGGGUCAGCCCACUCUGGUCAUAAUGGAGCUUAUGACCCGUGGAGACCUCAAGAGUCACCUGCGGUCUCUGCGGUCCCAGGAGAACUCGUCCAGUCUGCCGCUGCCCCCGCUGAAGAAGAUGAUCCAGAUGGCGGGAGAGAUCGCGGACGGCAUGGCCUACCUCAACGCCAACAAGUUCGUCCACCGCGACCUGGCGGCCAGGAACUGCAUGGUGUCCGAGGACUUCACCGUCAAGAUCGGAGAUUUCGGCAUGACGAGGGACAUCUACGAGACGGACUACUACCGCAAAGGGGGCAAGGGCCUGCUGCCCGUGCGCUGGAUGGCUCCGGAGUCGCUGAAGGACGGCGUGUUCACCACCAACUCGGACGUGUGGUCGUUCGGGGUGGUGCUGUGGGAGAUCGCCACCCUGGCGGAGCAGCCGUACCAGGGCAUGUCCAACGAGCAGGUGCUGCGCUUCGUCAUGGAGGGAGGCCUGCUGGACAAGCCGGACAACUGCCCCGACAUGCUGUUCGAGCUGAUGCGCAUGUGCUGGCAGUACAACCCCAAGAUGCGGCCGGCGUUCCUGGAGAUCAUCAGCAGCCUGAAGGAGGAGCUGGAGCCGCCCUUCCGGGAGAUGAGCUUCUUCUACAGCGAGGAGAACAAGCCGCCCGACACCGAGGAGCUGGACAUGGAGACGGAGAACAUGGAGAGCGUGCCGCUGGACCCCUCCCCCGGGCCCCCGGGAGCCCAGGCCCCGCCCCCUCAGCAGCCCGCCCCCACGCAAGGCCCCGCCCCCACGCAUCAGCAGCAGCAUCAGCAGCAGCAGCCGCCCCCCGCUGCGGCGACGGGGACCCACCCCACCCCUCCACUCGCCUCGGGCCCCGCCUCCCCCUGCGCCUCCUCCCCGGCCUCGCCCGGCGCCGCCUCCUCGGACAAACGGGCCGGGCACGCGCCCGCCGCCAACGGGCCGGCGGUGGUACUGCGGCCCGCCUUCGAGGAGGCCCCGCCCUACGCGCACAUGAACGGCGGCCGCAAGAACGAGCGCGCCCUGCCGCUGCCCCAGUCCUCCGCCUGCUGAUCCAGGACAAGCCCCGCCCCCUCCCUCUGAGGGCAGCGUGUGAGUGGCUGCCCCAGUCCUCCGCCUGCUGAUCCAGGACAAGCCCCGCCCCCUCCCUCUGAGGGCAGCGUGUGAGUGGCUGCCCCAGUCCUCCGCCUGCUGAUCCAGGACAAGCCCCGCCCCCCUCCGUCUGUGUGAGUGAGCCCCUUCCCCCACUGUACCUCAGUGGGCUCUUUUUCACGUCUUUUCUAAUUAUUAUGUCAUUAGUACGAUGAGGAUCAAUAAAUAAACCUGAAGAAAAAACAAAAUCGCCCAAUAACAAAAAUGAGAACCCCUACCCAGCCCACCUAUUCGUUACUGAGCGCCUCCAGAGGUGGGAUUCGCCCGGCAACAGCCGCAGUCUCGAGGAUCCGCCCACUCCUAUUUGUAGAACCCCUUUUAUAUAUGAAUAUUUUGUUUCUUUGGUUAUUUUUGGUACUUUUUUAAAGAAACAGAGGCACCUAACAGGGUCCCCGCUGGAGACUGAUGGGAUGGACGCUGGGAUUUGGGGGACAAAUAAGAGAAAACGAAAGGCCUCCCAUUCCACCCAACAGAAGAGUGUGUGUGUGUGUGUGUGUGUGUGCGUGUGCGUGUGUGUGCGUGUGUGCGUGCGUGUGUGUGUGUGCGUGUGUGUGCGCGUGUGUGGAUACUCGUGGGCACUGUGUACUUCGCCUGCAGGUCCUCUGCCCCGUUCCUGUCUCUGUCGACACGUACCUCGUACCGCGUGGAGGAGCGCCGGUCGGCCAUCUUGGCCCCCUCCUGGAUUACUCCUCACGCAGCGACCUUCAUCAGCGCGUGCGAAUCGAGAGACAGCCCCUUCCAGCGCGCUGACCAAUAACAGGGGUGGAAAAUGAGAGGGGGAGGGGUUUUUUAGGUUUUUUUUUUUUUUUUGCCAAAUGCAUUUUUUUUCCUCUUGAUAAUUUAUAAUUUGUUACUUUACUCUCCUUUGAUGUUUUUCACCUCCCAGCCACGCCCCAACCACCCGGAACAUCGAAGGAAUGAAACUGCUCUAACACUCGCAUUUACACUGGUGUCAUUUUUUAAAAUUGUGGCGUUCUUUUUUUAACUUCACUGUCGCGUUCGACGUGUAGAAGAUAACGUGUCUCCUCUUAUUCCCUCCCUCCCUCCCUCCUCUGUGGGGUUAGGGUGGGCGGGCCACCUUCUCAUUUAUUUCAUCAUCCGGGGACGAAUGGCAACCAGAAACGAACAGGAAGCGCGGAUUCAAAAGAAAGAACCAUUGAAGACUUUGAAAACGAGAAAGGAAAACGGUCCAAAAAAAAAAUUCAAACGAAGAGAUGCAGCGGACACAGGCAGGGGUCGCAGUCAGAAGGGACGUAAACAAACGGCGAGGGCGAAGAGAGGCGUUUUAAGAAAGAUCGCCGGAUCUCACCAAACUCAACCUCACGAGCCUGGCGGAGAGCGAGCGGGGUUCUGCUCGCGGCGGGUUUUUUUUUAGACUCAUCUUCAGUCUCUCCGUACGGUCCGGAAGUUUCUACAAAAGGUCUUUCACGGGGGGUACGUCAAACCGCGGAUCAUUCACACACACGCGCAUCGUUUUGUGUCACUUUUAUACAACUUUUUUACGGUUCAUCUUCAUGUCUGUACAGAAAAGAAGCUGCUAUUUUAUUCUUUGUUUUUCUUUUGUGGAUGUAAUCUACAUCGUGUGUAUAUAUAUGUAUAUAUGAAUAUACAUAUAUAUAUAUAAAUCUAAAAAUAAAUCCUUCAGGUUUAAUCUUUUACUGUUUCCACUACGGUCCCUUCUCCUACGCUUUGUUCUCUGGCGCAAAAAAAGAAAGAAAAAGAAAAAAUAGUUUUAUCGUAUAUAUUAAAUUUGUUUUUUUCCUUUUCUCGAUGAGGAUAUCUGUUGCCACGUGAUCCGAUGCCUUCUAUUUUUUUAAUGAGUAUAUUUUCUUUUGCUUUCCGUUUUGUUAGAAGCGUACGUGUUUAUUAUUAUUGUUAUUAUUAUUAUUGUUGAUGAUGUUGUCGUUGGUAUGGACAGCUCAGCUCCUGGCGUGAGCGAGCGCGUGCGUGUAGCGUCCUCGCUCGCUCGCCCCGCCCGCUCGCUCGUCUCUCUCACCGCGUCCGGCGCAGCCGCCCGGGCGCGACUCAGUCUCAGGUCAAAAAAAAAAAAAACAAGGUUUUACUCUCCUCUCCGUACAUUCGCAUUAUCGUCCUCCGUUUGUCUCUCUCCUCUCUCUCUCUCUCUCUCUCUCUCUCCUCUCCGUUGCAGCGUUCUCACCAUUUCUCCUCUCCUCCCCCACCCCCCCCCCCCCCCCCCCGAUUAAACUCUUCUCUCAGCCCAAGCCCCAGUCCCCCCCCCCAGGGUUUUAUUCUGACAGCACCCAAGAAAAGGAGGAUCUGGUUGUGGUGCGCACAUUCUGCACACGUUCUGUUUCUGUGUCAGUGACUAGACUGCACUCUCGUUCUCUCGCAGUUAAACGUUAAGAAAAGAAGCUUUGGCUGGUUGAUCAUGAAUCAGGGGCUUUGAAGGCUGUUUCUGUGUCAGUAAAGUUGCAUUGUGGGUCCCCUCGUCCCCUCAUCCUCCCAUAACAUUUCCUAAGUUGGAUUUUUUCCCCCCAUAUCACUUUAUAUCAGUAUGUAUAAGUCUGUAAGAACAGCUCCGUGAUUGACUAUAAACUGAGCUAUUCUCAUAAGCAGAGUGGGGGCGGCAUUUUAUUCUUCAAACAUGUAUCUACCUCACUCUUUCGUGUGCAUAAGAAGUACAUCUCACAUCCCCCCCCCCCCCCCCUGUUAGCCCGUAAGAACUACAUUGCUGUUCUCUGUAUCAGCAGAAACCUCAACACUACCAACCACACACACUCCACACACUUGGGUUUGCGGGGAAGGGCGGAGUGUCUCCGUGCAGAUUAAGAACAGACCCUCGGCCCGCCCCGCUGUAAACUAUUCUUUGGCCAGCAGUCUGGAACUCAACGGACGGCGACACUCCUGUAGCUAUCGGGCGGUCGGCGUCACCCUGAAGCGUGGUGUGCGAUGGGUUACUUAUCUGGUGACCGAAAAGGAGACGCCCUACGCCUGUCCACGUCUCCAGCCGAACACCACCGCGCUCUUUCCCCUUCCGGUUCUGUCCCGACCUGGAGGCCCUCGCCGCUGGCUCACAGGGGUGUCUGCGCUCGCGGGUACGUAGGCGGGUUUAAAAACAAAGGCGCGUGUUAGGGAUAAGAAGGUCGGUGGAAGAGAGGUGGAGCGUUAAGGCGGAUGACGGGUCGUGUGUCAGACGGGUGGGUGGUGGUAGAGGUGUGGAGCCGGUGGUCGGCGUUGACCUCGGGGGUCAGUUACAGGCGGUGUUUCAAAGGCUGGAGCUGCAGAUACUGUGGGCAGGUGUAGCGUGUUGGCGUUAGCAUGUAGCUGCAUGCUUUUCACAGCUACAGUCUGUCUCAGAAACAGAGCAGCAGGAAUUGACAGGACAAAAGAAACGGAUUCUGGAAAAGGUUUCUGGACCGCUUACCCAUGUUCCUGAGGGGGGGGGGGGGCAGGGUGUUUCUAUGGAAAAGACCCCUCCCCCCCUCAUAUGACAGUCUAGUUGUGGGGAGAGAGCCAUUAAAGGAUUCAACAUGCUCCUCCCUCUCUUCCAACCAGUCUCUCGGCCUAAACUGCGUCUUAUCCAUCGUCCUUAAUAAAAAGAACCAUUCCAUUCGGCAGCCCUGCUCCCCGAGCGCGUGGGAGCUUCUCCCCCAAGGGCUCACGGCCCCUCUCCUUCAUCCUCCUCAUCCUCGUCAGUUCGGGAGGGGCGGGACGCGGAGAUGAUCAGUGUGCUGCUGGUUUAAUAAUGCUGCUGCUCACGUCAGUGCAGGCCGGUCCUGGCUGCUCCCUGCUCUCAGCAGAUUUUACACAAAACACUACGUUUCUUACUCCGUUUUGUUUUUUUUUUCCUUUUCCUUUUUUUGGGGGGGGGGGGGGUUUACAGUUGAAACUGAACCUUGAAGAGGGCAGCAAGAGCUUUGAUUGGGUAGAGCAAAAAAUUGGGGCAGGAAACACUGCCUGCAUUGUACAAACAGAGAGAGAGAGAUGGAGUGAAAGAGAUGGAUUACCUCCCUGUUUUUAAGUUGUACAGCAGGGACAGAAAGGACACAGAGCUCCUUUAAUGAAUUGGAGGUAACUGGGGAGGGGAGGGGGGUGGACAUGCCAGUUGGGGGAGGAUGGGCAGAAGAAAGAAAGGUUUGCGGUCCAAUUCUAAAGAGAACCGACCGUUUUGAACAAAGGCACUUAAGUACUCUUUAUUUCAUUUGAAGGAGGUGCAGGGACUGAAUUUUGACAGCAAUGGAAAUUGGGUUGGUAGAACGGCACAUUGCUGGAAACAACUGCUUUUUUUUCUCAUGUGUGGUACUUGUCCAAACUAAAAAAAAAAACUCAACAAAAACACAAAAAAAACAAAACAUUUUUUUAAGAACACCACCUGUUCACAAUUUUUCUAAGGCCUUGUGCUUGUGUUGCGUUUGUGUAUGGGCGUGAGUGUGUCACUUUUAGGUGUAGUGUAUCGAGUUUUAAUGUCUAAUAAAAAGAAAUAUAGAUAUCAUUGCUAUUUAUUUUCUUUUUUUACUCAUUCACGGUGAUGAAAUGGACAGAAAGCUGGCCUGCUGCAUAGCGAAUGUCAGUUUACAUUGAUUGCUGCCAGACUUCCUGCUACACAAUCACACACACCAACCCACGUAAGGACACCAGUGUCCAGGACAUUACGGGUAGUCGCGAAAGGAAGAAAAACUGAAUAGAACAAAAAAUGUGCAGAAUUUUUGGGCAAUUUUAGGAUUUAAAAUAGUGCUCGGUACAUUGCCAGCUCUUUGUAAACUUUGAGGUUGACUCAUACAGUUAAUCAUUUUUAUUAUUAUUAUUAUUAUUAUUAUUAUUAUUAUUACUGUUGAUUUUCUUCAGAAUGUUGUAUAUGCAAACCUCAGGUCUAGAUAAAUUAAUGCAUAAAAUCGCAAUAAUGAACAUGAGGUUUAUAGAUUUAAAUUUCCAGGCACUUGUUUCGCUUGGCAUUCCUUUAUGCUUGGGGGGCCUUGAUCUACUGAAACCGUUUUAAUUCAGUUGCAGUUUUUUUUUUUUCUUUUAUGUUCACAAAACUUUUAGCUCCGUAUCACUGAAUCAAAAUGAUUUGAUUUCAAGCAGUUUGUCUGGUACUGUGUCUCUUAAGUUCUGUAUCAGAAAUCUGUUUUUUUUUUGUCCCCCCCACCCCCCACCCCCAAAACACCUCUACUUCAUUUCUGUUCUGCUCUAUGUGUCUUUCUUGUUAUGUAUAUCUGAAUAAAGUUAAUGUAUUUUCUUUUCUUAAUUUUUGAAUAAAAAAACAUAAAGAAGCCUUGCAUUGAAGGUUGAUUUUUACAGGCACCUGUUAGUUGAAUAGAUUCCCAUCCUGUUUUUUUUCUAUUGGCUAGCUCAGUUGCAUCAUUACUCUGAUUGGACCGAUGCAUUGUGUCAUAAACCUCUGUGGAGUUGUACCACAGAUAUUACUAUAGACUAACCAGACUGACUCCCACAUUGCUUCUGCCUUCUUUUUUUCUUAAAAGCUGGAGGCUUUGGCAUUAUCUUAUGGUAUUACAAUUGGCUUAUGUGGGUGUUUUCUGUUGGAAAACAGGAUGGAAAUGGUACUUUCAAUGUGAAGAAUAUAGAUUCAACUAUCUGGUUCAUCUAUAGGAAUAUCUAUGGUUAUUCUACAGAUUCUGACUAACCAGAUAACCAGAUGGUCAGCUCCUGGAGUCCUUCCAUCUUCUCUGCUUCCCAAAUACAGGAGGGUUACCAGACAUUCCUAAUCCUGUAUUGUGAUUCACGAAUGUUAAUGAAGAGGCGUGUCCAAAGAUGGAACUGACCAUCUGGUUAGCCCAUAGAAUCUGUGGUUAUACGCCGUCUCACUGUAAUGCCUGUCUUGCUUGACACAGCAUUGUAGCGGUGUAGCCCUAGUUUUCCAAACGUGUAGCUGAAUAUCAAAACUGCACACCUAAACUUUUGGGAGGACAGGAGUUCCCAAAUCGGCAGCUGUAAAUCUGGGUAGCCAGGGUAACCAAUUAGCAAGUGUGCCAGAACAGGUGCCUGUUGAGGUCAAAGUUUUGUACAUACUGUAUUCUAAUAUGUUCGAUUGAGUUGAUAAAAUGAAAUGCACAAAGGAGCUGUAGGAUUAGAAGUAGCCGUUGGAGCAGGGCACUGGGGGUGAUGUUGGGAGGAAACGCACGUUGAGGUCAUCAGAUGCACUUAUUCAACGUUUCGUUAAGAGCCCAUCCCCCGAUCCCCAGCCCCCAUUGUCAUGGUGCCUCAAUAUCCAGGCCCUCUUCUGAUUUUAUAAAACAAAAAACGUUGUGUCUAAUCAUAUUUGGGCCUUUUCUUUCUCACACUACAGUGCUGUCAUCACAGAAAAGAAAGUAGUUUGUUUUUAAUACCUGAAAUCUGUCUGAAAUUUAUUCCACACCUUGACUGUUCUGUGAAACCCUCAAAUUUCACCACAGGAACACUGCUAAUAAGUUAGCGUUAUUAAAACCUAGCUUCCCAAAGAAUUUUAUCCCUGAAAUAAUAGCACUGUUUUUGCAUGUCAGGCUUAUUAGCAACUUUGAUAUUUUUUAAAUACCAGUUCUGAUAUAUCUGAGGUUUUGUUGAUAGGUUAUUUAAACAUACCAAUUCAGCACUUCGUGUUUCUCAGUUGUACCACUGGAAAGCGUUACAGAACUGAUUUUCUUUUCUUUCUUUUUGUUUUUUUACUUUUUUAUAAAGAGAAUAUGGCCAAUUUGUUACUAAAUUUGCUGUGUAUAAAUUAUUCAAAUUCCUGUGUUUAUAUUAAAUGAUUCAGUAGAUGCAGAAGGUUUUAAAUGUUUUUGUAUAUUCUGUUGUAUAUAUAUUCUGAUUCUUUACAUUACGGGGGAAAUAAACUAUUUUGAAAGGCUGAAAUAUUAGAAUAUAAGUUUCAUUUCUUUUCUAGUCUUUAAAUACCCAAAUCUAGGGUAAAUAAAAAUACUGUACACAA